UCUCUCUACUUUUUUCUUUUCUUCUAUGGUGAAAAUCCCAUUGUGAUUCGCCUUCUUUUUCUCAUCUCUUUUUUGUUUUGUUGUUGAAAACAAUGGACAGAGCUGUAACAAUAUUACUGCCACUGAUGAAGAUGAGAUCAUGGUCGCUAAUAUCAUGUUAGGGCUCUCCCAAUCCCAGCCACGCCGCCCCUUUGCCUUCACUUGGGGCUCCAAGGGCAAGAGAUAUACUUCUUCGAAAUCAAGGUUCGCCUCCGCAUCUAUGCCUACUCUGAAACCUUCGCAGCCGCCACCACCACCACUACUACCCUCUAAAGUCGACGGUUCUACUUAUGCGACUGUGGUACCGUUGGAAAAGGCCUUGACUUCCAGUCCCGCUACCCCUCUUUCCUUCCCCACCAGUGAAUCUGAUGAGAAACCACCGGCGCCACCUAAGAGAAAGCCCCAUGCCAAUAUUCUUAAAAAGAAGAAAGAACAAUUGUUAGAGAUUAUAGAAGGUUUUACUCGGCGCAAUGAAUUGCUUAGAAAGGAAAUAGAGAAUAAGAAGCGGUUUUACGAUCAACAGAAAUCCGAAAACAUGGAGUUGAAAGCAAAGAAACUAAAGAUUUCCAUGGAGACCGGAAACACCAACAGUCGUGAAAAUCUCCAUCAACAACCGUUGAUGAUGGAAAUGGACAAGAAUCCCGAAUACCCGAUUGGUGGAAUGAUAUGCUGCUGGGUACCUUCAAACAUUGGGGGAAUAAGCAAGCUAAAUGAUAAUGUGGGGCCACUGGGUGUCAUCGAUCUCAACGUGUCGCCAGAGGAAGCCUUUGGCUCUUGCACCUCAUUUACUAUGGAAACAGCAACAAAGGCUAGAGCUGCCCAAGCCAGGCUUAAAAGGAAACAAAUUUGCAGGUCUAAGAAUUAUAAUUCUGCAUGUAAAGCUCGUCAUCCUUUGUAGAUGAUUAAAUUAUU